GACAGCACAAGGAUUCCAGAUGACUGAAAAUUUGCAAGGUCCUGAGUAUGAGCUCUGGUCUUUCAAGAAGGAAAUGUUCCUCAAGAGUCAUGGACUUGGCAGUGUUCUGCACACUCAGCAGCCUGCAGAUUCAGGAAAGGAGCAGAAAGAAUAGGACAGAGCAGAUGAAAAGGAACCAGGAAUGAUUUGCUUAGUGGAAAAUAAAAUCUGAAGCUGCAAGACCCUUUGACGUGACCUAUGCCCCAAUGACUGAUGCAGAAGAAGAGGAAGUUUUUUUGGUUUUGCAGGGUUCUUUAAAAAUCUGCAGGACCCAUAAGACCAGAGGUGACAGCAAGACACAAGAAACGGAGGUUGUAAGGGGAACAAGAAGAUACAAGAAGAUGUGGCACAUUUUGAACAUUUGAAGAUCAUGAUAUUUCAGAAGAAAUGGUUAUUGUCAAGACUGAGAAGAUAGAAGAAGGCAGCAGCAAGGAUGGAGGAAACUGUGAGGGCCAGGAGUCCCAGCCUUCCUCUCUGGCUUUGCUGGCAGCCACGUGCAGCAGGAUUGAAUCUCCCAAUGAGAAUGCCGAUAGUGCACAGGGACAGCAAGCAGGCUCAAAUGAACUGGACCUUGCAGCUGCUGCAACUCAAAUCUCUCAGAAUGCAAACGGUUGGCAAAUUAUUUCCACUCACGCGGGGACCUCCAACUCGCCAAAAGAUCAAGGGAGCAACAGCAAUGAAGAGAAUGAAUCCUCAUCAAAAAACCGACCUGCUGCCACUGGCCAGUAUGUGGUUACUACUACACCUAACAUGCAGAACCAGCAAGUCCUGACAGGCUUGUCAGGAAUGAUUCCCAAUAUUCAGUAUCAGGUGAUCCCCCAGUUUCAAACUGUGGAUGGGCAACAGUUGCAGUUUGCCACCAACCCCACCCAGCUCAGUGUGCAGCAGGAUGCCUCAGGCCAACUGCAGAUCAUCCCUGGGACAAACCAGCAGCUCAUUGCAAACAGAUCUGGGACAGGCAACAUCCUGGCUGCCAUGCCAAAUCUUCUGCAGCAGGCUGUGCCCAUUCAAGGAGUUAAUGCCCUCUCAGGGCCAGCUCAGUAUGUCACCAAUGUCCCACUGGCUUUGAAUGGCAAUAUUACCUUGUUGCCUGUCAACAGCAUUGCAGCCAGUUUGGCACCCACUUCUCAGUCAGUUACGUUAAGCAGCUCUGGCUCUCAAGAGGGUGGCUCGCAACCAGCAACGUCGGGCACCUCAAUCAGUUCCUGCAGCAUUGCCGCAUCGCAAGCUAACUCAGGCUGUUUUUUUACCAGUGCCAACAACUUCAGUGCCACUACCACGACGAGUAACAUGGGCAUCAUGAAUUUUUCCACCAGCGGCAAUGUGGGAACAAAUGUCCAGGUGCAGGCAUCUCAGAGGACAAGUGGUACUCAAAAUGCUGACUCCCUGCAAGGGCAACAGAAAGAUGCUGAUCAAAGCCAGCAGCAACAGCAGCAGAUCCUGGUGCAAGGAGGACAACUUGUGCAAGGAGGUCAGGCUGGUCAGACCUUUACUACCCAAGAUGCCUUACAGAACCUGCAGAUCCAGACCAUCCCCAAUACUGGCCCAAUCUUUAUUCGAACACCCACUGUGGGGCCAAAUGGGCAAGUCAGCUGGCAAACUAUUCAGCUACAGAAUCUUCAGGUUCAGAACCCACAAGCUCAGACAAUCGCCUUGGCUCCAGUGCAGGGAGUGUCCCUGGGGCAGACAGGGAGCACCAACACAACGCUCACACCAAUAGCUUCUGCCUCUCUGCCCAGCGGCACAGUCACUGUGAAUGCCGCUCAGCUCUCCUCUGUUCCUGGCCUUCAGACCAUUAACCUUGGGGCCUUGGGAGCAUCUGGAAUCCAGGUUCACCAACUGCAAGGGCUUCCACUCACUAUAGCAAAUGCCACUGGUGAUCAUAAUACCCACCUCAGCCUCCAUGGCGCUGGUGGUGAUGGAUUGGCUGACGAUGGCACAGCCCUGGAAGAAGGAGAGAAUAGUCCAGAUGCCCAGCCGCAACAAGGUCGGAGAAUGCGCAGGGAAGCUUGCACUUGCCCCUACUGCAAAGACAAUGAAGGACGGAGCUCUGGGGAUCCAGGCAAAAAGAAGCAACAUAUCUGCCACAUGCCAGGCUGUGGAAAAGUAUAUGGGAAGACAUCUCACCUGCGAGCUCAUCUCCGGUGGCAUACUGGGGAACGGCCAUUUGUGUGUUCCUGGACGUUUUGUGGCAAGCGCUUCACACGCAGUGAUGAGCUGCAGCGACACAAGCGAACACACACAGGAGAGAAGAAGUUUGCUUGCCCAGAAUGCCCCAAGCGCUUCAUGAGAAGUGACCACCUCUCCAAGCACAUAAAAACCCACCAGAACAAGAAGGGAGGUGCCCCCAACAACGUGGCCAUGGAUGCCUCUGCUGUCUCCAUGGACACAAGUGCUGCUGCAGAGGGCCCUGCUGGAGCGACACCCUCGGCCCUCCUUGCGACUAACAUGGUGGCCAUGGAGGCCAUCUGCUCCGAAGGCAUUGCACGUCUUGCCAGCAGUGGCAUUAAUGUCAUGCAAGUGGCCGAUCUCCAGUCAAUCAACAUCAGUGGCAAUGGAUUUUGAGGCAGGGUGGACUGCGUAGUGGAGGCAUUGUGCAAACACAGGAUUCUCAAGGUAGCAAUGGGUCCAAGAGAUGAUCUCUCUCGCUACAUACAUAGUGAAAAGGGGGGACUCGGCUGUGCCAGCAGCCUUCAGAACCCCAUUUCUGUCUCCCAGGAAUACUGGCUGCAGAAUAAGGCCUGCUGUUCAGGUCAGCCCUUGAAUGCCCGAUGCAAUUACCGGGGGAAAUCGGGAUGGCCCAGAGGUAUUUGCCUCAUUAUGUUUUGCUUUCUCUUCCCCACCUAUAAAGUCUCCACGUCCUUAUUAGGUACCCCAGAUGCCAUCAUGCCUUGGUUCUAAAUGUAUAUGAUCAUUGAAAUACUUUUUAGCAGAAAAAGAAUCUAUAUUAUUAUUAUUAUUGUUAUUAUUGUAAUUAUAUAAAACUAAAAUGUGUUUAUUUUGAGAGAGCUUAAAAUUGCUGUGACCAAAGUCUUUGGUCAUCGUCCGGAUGCCUUAACUUGGAACUCACUGAGCUGUUAGGUGGAGCUCAGGCUUCUGUUCAGAUGCAAUAUUGCAUUUUACAUUAUAGCUAUAAAAACAUAAAUUUAGCAUUUUGUAUGCUUGGCUUUUUAGGUUUGUAUUUCUCUCCCGCCUCUCAUCAUUUGGGCAACAUUUCCACUGCCCCCACUUUUUCCCUUUUGAACUGUUUUCCUUUAUGUUUGUGUUUAAAUCCUCAUUUUUCUCUGUUUGGAGAGAAGUUUCUCUCUUAUUUUCAUUGUAUAUCUGACUGUGUAGAUUCAGAUCAGCUGGUUUUUUUGGAGAGGUAGGGUCCAUGACCCAUGUUUUCUGAGUUUGCCAAGGGCAAGACAGAAGCACGGCACAAGGGGAGAAAGUAACUGAGUUCAUUAAGAGAAAUCUUAACUUUUGCAGUCACUUUCAGGCCUCUAAAUGUAAGAAUUUGGCACCAACUGGAGGAAAGUCUUUUUCAGCUUCCAGUAUGAAGUGGUAAAGAGAGAUUAUAUGUUAAACUCACAAUUGAAGUGAAGCCCAGGUAACCUGUUAUACACACAGAUGAAUAACAGGCCAUGUAUGUUAAGCGUGAUGGUGCCCUUUUUAAAAGGCAGAGUCUUUACAUGUGUCUUGACUGUUUAGCUAAGGAGACUUGUACUGUGGGACAAGUUGUGUCUAACCUUUGGGUCCCUACCUUUUUGUGACUGUUUAGCAAUGGAAUAUGUGCACCCUGGACAGCUUAGCUCAUAUUGUUGCAUUGCUGUGAAGCCCCGUAGCACUUCUCCAGUUCUGUUUAAACUGUUUUUGACAGGCAUAUUCAACAAAGUUGUGGGGCAAAGCACCCCAAACCUGGGUCUUGCUUCCCUCCCUCUCAAGAAGUAUCCCUUGUCCUGUACACCUGUUUGGCUGUGCAGGUGGGCCUGAGGGGCUGGUGACCAUCACAAGCGGUAGAGGAUUGCGUGAAGACCAGGGGUGAUGGGAAGGGGUGGAGGACUGAUUGGAGAGGCUUGGUGAGGGCAGGGCCUUAUGGCCUCUAAUCCUCCUGACAGUUUAGACAUUUCUGCAAAGCCAUCAUGUUCCGUGUGUUUUGACUGUUCUGAAUGUGCUGGCAACGCUAUCCAGUGCCAAAGGAGUCCAUAUUGUGCUGGUGCCAUAUCCUUUCUCUUUCCUGGCUGUUAAAAUCAGAGCAGCUAUUCCCAAUGUGAGCCAUUUGUGGAGGGAGAAGCUACUUCCAGUAAGUACCAAGAAAAUGCUAGGAUAGUUUUCAUUUUAACAUUCUUCAUCAAGAGAUACAGAUGUUCACCCCUAUCCUUGCUUCAGAGUGCUUCUAGGGGCCUCCAAGUCCUGCUUUGAGGAGCACUGUUGUGCUCCUGUGUGUGCUGGCCACCUCCCUCUCGACACCAUAACCACCUGACAGGCCAUACAAGCAGUCAGAAUUCAGUGUGUGUUCUGUCCCUGCCAUUGGAUCUUAAUAUCGUCUGGCAGGGCUGCAUGGGGUGCCAUCUCAUUUUCUCAGGAACUCCUAUUUCCUUAAGAAUUUAAUUCUUACCGCUGACCUAAUGCCUAUGCUUGUGACUCCUGAUGUUCACUUGGCUUGUAUGGAGUCAUGGUUGCACACUCUUCUGCAGUUUCAGAUUUCUUAAAGAAAUCUAGCUAAACCUACAAUAUUUGAGACAAAGGUAGAUGUAACCUCCCUUUAGUUCAAAGGAAAAAGGCGCUCUGCCUCUCUCCAUCCCCUGGAUAAAAAAAUGCCAUAUUUAGAACAAAAAAAAUCUGGCUAUGGGUUGGCAUGUGGUAAAUGCUGCAGUGCUGAUGAACAUCCCGGCGUUUGUUUUGUGAAUGGGCUGUUUGGCUUCCUUUUCAGGUAAAACAAAAAUAUUGAGAAUGAGCCACUCCUUCAUGGGAAAGAGCUAGUAAUGCUUGUUCUAUGAAGACGAGAGACCCCCCCACCAUAUACUCUUGAUUCUACCAGUAUAGAUUGAGCUGAUGUUGGGUUGGGAAAAGUAGGGCUAAGUCAGUGCAGACUCUUUAUAAUGAGGCAGGUACGUGGAAGGGAGUGUACCAGCAGGGAUUUGGGGCGGGGGGUAGGGUGGUUACACUUGGGUCCACAAGCCUUAUUAAAUGGAAUGUUCUGUCCCAGCAUAGAAAGGGAGGCACUAGUAUCCAGAUUUCUGGUAUUCUCCCUCUGAAAAGGAUUUACCAGAGAUUGGUUUGCAUGUACACACAUGCACACCAAAUCCUUAUAAAGCAACUCAUAAAAAUGAGUUGGCCUGUGAUCAGUGUUAUAACAUCCUAAACGGCACCUGUAGAAGCUGACUUCCUUGAGUCAAAAGUAAAUAAGAUUAUCAUUCUCUACUUCAUGCAUUUCAAUCACCUGUCGGAACAGCAGCAAAAUGUUUUGAGUGGCAAAUGUCAUACUCUUAGAAGCUUCAUUUUUAUUUUAGUGUUUCAAAAUUGGGGGGGAAGAUAACUGCUACCUUUUCCUGUUCCAGUAUCUCUGCUAGACCACAUUUGGCAAACAGGGAAUCAGUCAAUGCAAGACAGCUUGUUGGCACAAAGUACGCCAAGGGCAUGGUUUGGCCAAGAUUGGCUAGCAGCGAUCUUCCCUGAAGCUGUGUUGCCUCGGUCGUGAGGGACUCUUGCACACACAGACUUGGGGUCACUCUUAGGCCAGAGCUGCGAGUUUCAAUGAAAUAAGGACUUCAGAAGGGGUGUGUGUGUAAUGUUCAGGUCUGUUUUUAUGAUGGAUUUCCUCAGACAAGGUAACAGUGUUGCUGAAAUUACUUUACACAGGAGGGCAAGAGGAGCAGAUUCGCUAGAUAAAUUAGCAAGAUGCAAUACAGAACUCCAAACUUCCAUGUUUGAGUUUUUCCCAUUUCAGAGGUUAUUUUUGCAGAGAUGGUCUCCCUAUAAAUGUCUUUUAUAAACUCCCGGACCAUUGAAUGCUUUCCCCUUUUGCCAAGGAGGAGUUUGUGUCAGAAUGCCAGAAAGGCGGGGGUGUGUGUAUGUGUGUCUGUCUGUCUGUCUGUCUGUCUUUUAGUCAGGUUUCCUCAACACAUAUUUUCAAACUAGUUCUUCUCAGGAAUUAAUGGAGCUCUGAAAGGUUUGGGAAAGGGAUGUGGCUGUAGUGUGUCCUGGUCAUCCUUUAUGUAGACUGUUGACAGAUACUAGCCCACCACCACCUUGUCAACCUGCAUGAAAGCAUUAUCUGUUCAUUGUUCUGGUGUGCAUUUUCUUUAUCAAAGGAGGCUUGAUAUUCUUUAAAUCUAUAGGACAUGUUCUUCAGAGUAUUGGAGGCUUCCGAUCCCUUGGAAAACAGUAUUCAUGUUCUUAAAGUUUUGCAAAACUCAAAUAUGGUAUGCUGCUGUGCUAGCUUGCUUUACUCCAGCAGUUUUUUGUGCACCUUUUUGCAAGAAUGGAAGUCCAAGAUGGACCAAUAAAGUCCCUUUAUAUAUGGUGAUUUGCCAAAUUUUUAGUCGUUAUUAAGGAGCGCGCUCUCUGCAAAGCCUGUAUCUUACCAUGCUUACAUCUUUCCCAAGUUACCUCUCCCUACCUAGUCUUGAGAGUGCUCCUUUCCAAUUUGGUUCUGAGCCAUAGAGAAGGGAUCCCACGUGUUCAACUCAGGCAGUAUUUUCUUCUCAUUAGUUCUCUGAAAUGGAUUAUCUUGUACCAUCGCUGAGCAGAAAGGCAGCAAUGGAAGCUUUGUUGCAAAAAAAAUUGCAAGUGCCUCUUUUUUUGGAAGUUCUAAAAUGAAUGUCCAGUUUAAGAUCUUACUUUUCCUAUGGCAGUUGAGAGCCUCCCCUGCCUCACUUGUGGCACUAUUUAGUAAUGGCCUUAUGCUGUGGUCACAAUCCUGCAUACUGUUAAACUCGCACCUGGAACUUGUCUGUGGAACUGGGAGCUGUGUCAAGUAUCUCUCAAGUCUCUCCUCUGUUGCUAGGGUGGGCUUGGCUGCUACUUUCUUCAUAUCUACUUCUGUCCCCAGUACACAAACAAGGACUCUGAUCCUUGAAGUCUUAAUUCUUAGCUGUGCUGUGUUAACCUUAACUGUAUACAUGAGACAAUGGGCUAAGGCAAGGCAGAGGAGUUACUGGGGAGCCCUAAUCAGUCAUGUUUUUAACUUAACAGAAAUAUCCCUCUUUGGGUGGGGCAGUAGGACUGCAUUGUCUCAAGCGUCUGGUGUGGGAAAGGCCUGCAGUAUCUCUGAAAAAAUGCCCCGUGGGGAGCCUACGGGGUUUCGAAAAGGGAGUUUUCUGUAUUGCUAAGCAGCUGCAUAGCCACCUGGUGUGCUCUCUUAUCUGCCCUUUUCUGCUUGUUUUAUCUGUUUGUGUUGCAGUGUGUUCAGUGGUGAUUCAGUCUAGUGACCUGUGCCAGAAUAACCCAUUGCUAGCAGGCACAAGCUUGUGGCUGCUUCCCAGAAGAUGAGUUCUGCCUGAAUGACGCACGCUGCCAGCGUUUACACAUGAAACUGUGAGAGAGAAGCAUCCUUUGCUAUGUAUGAGCUUGGAAUGAGGCUUGUUGGCAUUAUUCAUUCUCCAUGUCAAAUAGCGGUGUUCUUCUAGCAGGUUUAUAGGGACAGCAUUCUCAAGCAGUGAAACAUUUUUCCUGGACUGCCGCAUUAGGCUGCCGGUGAUGGUGGCUGCAUUAUUGAAUGCUUCCCCAUUUAGUUGGGAGAACCUCCCUGCAUUUCGAAAAUUAGCAUCUCAGUGAGGAAAGACUUCUGCUUAGCCUUCUCAUUGACUUGGGGCGGGGGGGGGGAUGCAGGCAGCUUGUUGCAUGCUUGAAUGGUUCCUCCAUGAAUUAACUCCUAACUGUAAGCUAAAAUGAUAGUCUAGGAGAAAGCUUUAUCUGUUGAUUUUUGCUGAUUGUUAAACUGGCCCUGAAUCUUACAUAUGCCAAAAAAAAAACAACCCUCCCAGCAGGACCUGUAUAUACUACUAUAUAGCUUCUUAAAACAAUUUUGCAUUUCUCUUUUUGAAGCAAAUGUGCCUUUCCUUUAUAUACCAAGGAUUCUAUUUAGCCCAGCCAGUGCCAUCUGCCUUAAGAGCUUCACUAGCCUCCUGUGCCUUGAAUCAGCCUUUUCUAGCUUUAAUCUUGUCAUGGUCUAACUUAAAUGGGCAACCGGGAGUCCAGCAACUAACUUAUUCUGCCGCCCACCCCCACCCCCCACACACACACUAGUUAAAGGAUUAAGUGCUUGCUUUUUGCAGGCUUUGCAAUGGAAGAGGGAAAAUUGGUUUCUACCCAGUUGCCAUUCAUUCAUUCACAGACUCUGCUAAUGUUUGUGGAAACAUUGUUCAUUCUCUCCAAUGGCUUGUAAAACCUCUUGUGUAGAAACAUGGCCGCCUCUGUGUCCUCUCCUCUCCCAGGAAGGGGGAUGGUGGGUAGCUAUCUCUACGUCUUGGGUGCUCACAGCACAAUUCUGCAGACACUUAAACGCCAACCUGUAACACUGGCAAUAAAAUAAUUCUUGUCUAUCUGUGUAAAAGACUGUUUUAUCUUGUAAUAAUGUAUGUGCUUUUUUUUUAAAAAAAAAAAUCCAAUUACUGAUGUAAUGAUGUCUGACACUUUUUAAAAGUGCUAUUUUUGUAUAAAGAUUAAAGUAGUUUGGCUCCUUUGUA